UCUGGUUGAGCGGUAUCUCAAAUGCAGAGGCAGCGGGUUCGAAGUGUUAUCUUGCUUUAAUUUGACAAAGGCUUAUAAGCCUAAAUUUAACACACACCUGAAAAUUGUCAAUCAAUCAUCAAUCAGUUAGACGUGUGCGAGUGGAGUGGACAUAAGUGUCAGUGUUAUGGUUUGUAAUUAAAGGAAAAUAGAAAGUUCUUUUAACUUAAAGGAAAAUGCCUAAAAUUUUGUUUAUUUAGUUUUGUUUAUAUAGAAAGUUUAUUAUAAUGGUUUUUUCUUUAUAUAAUUUAUUUGAAGCUACUUUACUUUGUGUUAAUGCCAUCGCUGUACUUCAUGAAGAACGAUUUUUGGCCAAAGUUGGAUGGGGUAGAGACCAAAGCAGAGGAUUUGGUGAAGAGCCUGGUGUCAAAGGCCAGUUGAUGAAUUUAAUACAUUCAGUUCGUACCGUAAUGAGAAAUUUCGCUAAAAUAGGAUUUGUCUGUAUUAUUGUAUAUUCACACCAGGGUUGGCAUUUUGUCCCAAAGAAAGUUAUUCAGUUGAAUGAAAUCUGAGAAAACUGGAUGUAU